AUGCAUUUAACAUUACAACUCGCCGCUGAAAAACGUUGUUCGAAUCGGGAUGAAUUACUCAAGUCUUAUGAAAAAAUGCUUUCCAACACUUAUCGAACUACUGACUGGCCAAGAGAAGAACAUUUAAACGAACAUUUCCCUCUCGUUAGUGAAACACUCUACCUGUAUGGUGAGACGAUCCACGCUGAAAUAUUUCGAAAAUUCUUCUUUCUUUCCAAUAUGUAUCGAGUUGAUUAUGUCUACAUCGGUAUUUCUACUCAUGAAUAUAAGAAUCUAUCUGCUGGAUGUAUUCUCAAUGGUUCAUCGCGGAAUUCGAUAUCUCACCACCGUCGACUUCUUCGAUUACUUUAUAUUUUAAUUAGCUGUGGAAUAGUACUACUCUCGUUGAUUAUUUGUAGUAUUAUGAAUGAUCGACGACGUGCUAAACUAGAAAAACAACAAGAAGAAUUAACUUUUAAUAAACAAGUAACUGUUCCGCAAAAAUCAAUGACAGUAUAUGUGGAUAAAGAUCGAAAGUCUUCGGCACGGCGUGGAGAUCCGACUCGUUUGACAAUGGCACGUUUACAAUCGAUCAUUGAUGAACGGCCAUCAGCUAUACAUAAUUUUUCUCCGAGUUCGAAUGUAAACUAA